CCGGCUGGGCAGGCGUUUCAGUCGCUGGCGGCCGGGGAGCCCAGCGGCUGUUCUAGCUGUCCUCUCUGGCUCGCUGGCCAGAGCAUCCCCUUGGCCCGGCUAAACAGGCGCGGGGGAGUGGCCCCGACUGCGGGGCCAUGGCAGUAGCCUUCUCGUCCGCCUCCGCCACUAGCUCCGCGGAAACGCCGGCUUCUGCGCGAGAGAUCCCCCAGCGCCUCCGCAGGCUAAGAGCCGCUGCCGCCUCCGAGCUGUGAGGGCUACUAUGCUCCCUUUUGCCGCCGCUUCCCCCUCCCGCUCGUGCAGGUACCCCUCUGGCUGCUCAGUCCCGCCUCAGUGUCAAACUGGAAGAGAAGUAAAACUCAACAGAAAUUUAUAAUGUGUGGCGUUCCUUCUUAAGAGAAGAAAAAAGUGAUUAUUGUGACUAUGGAUCGAAGCAAACGGAAUUCAAUUGCAGGAUUUCCUCCACGUGUGGAGCGUCUUGAAGAUUUUGAAGGAGGUGGUGGAGGGGAUGGGAACGUGACCCAGGUGGGAAGAGUUUGGCCAUCUUCUUAUCGAGCUCUUAUAAGUGCCUUUUCCAGACUGACACGUUUAGAUGACUUCACCUGUGAAAAAAUAGGAUCGGGCUUCUUCUCUGAAGUGUUCAAGGUGUGCCACCGAGCUUCUGGUCAGGUGAUGGCUCUUAAGAUGAACACGCUGAGCAGUAACCGGGCAAACAUGCUGAAGGAAGUGCAGCUCAUGAAUAGACUCUCCCAUCCCAACAUCCUUAGGUUCAUGGGUGUCUGUGUACAUCAAGGACAGUUGCAUGCACUUACAGAGUAUAUCAACUCCGGAAACCUGGAACAGUUGCUAGACAGUAACCUGCAUUUGCCCUGGACUGUGAGGGUGAAACUGGCCUAUGACAUAGCAGUGGGCCUCAGCUACCUUCACUUCAAAGGCAUUUUCCAUCGGGACCUCACAUCUAAGAACUGCCUGAUAAAGAGGGAUGAGAAUGGUUACUCUGCUGUCAUAGCUGACUUUGGCCUUGCCGAGAAGAUCCCUGAUGUUAGCAUGGGGUGUGAGAAGCUGGCUGUGGUGGGCUCACCCUUCUGGAUGGCACCUGAGGUUCUCCGAGAUGAGCCCUACAAUGAGAAGGCGGAUGUGUUCUCUUACGGUAUCAUCCUCUGUGAGAUCAUCGCCCGAAUCCAGGCUGAUCCGGACUAUCUUCCCCGCACAGAGAACUUCGGGCUGGACUAUGACGCUUUCCAGCACAUGGUGGGUGACUGUCCCCCAGACUUUUUGCAGCUCACCUUCAACUGCUGUAACAUGGACCCCAAACUGCGCCCAUCCUUUGUGGAGAUUGGGAAGACCCUGGAGGAAAUUCUGAGCCGUCUACAGGAGGAAGAGCUGGAGAAGGACAGGAAGCUGCAGCCCACAGCCAAGGGACUCUUGGAGAAAGGACCUGGUGUGAAACGACUGAGCUCACUAGAUGACAAGAUCCCUCCCAAGUCCCCACGCCCAAGACGUACUAUCUGGCUGUCUCGAAGCCAGUCAGACAUAUUCUCCAGUAAGCCCCCACGUACAGUGAAUGUCUUGGACCCUUACUAUCGGCCACGAGGUGGUGCUGCCCGCACACCCAAAAUCAACCCUUUCAGUGCUCGCCAGGACCUCAAGGGUGGCAAGAUCAAGUUCUUUGACCUGCCCAGCAAGUCUGUCAUCUCCCUGGUAUUUGAUCUGGAUGCACCAGGGCCUGGAACUUUGCCUGUGGCUGAUUGGCAAGAACCCCUGGCCCCACCUGCUCGCCGAUGGCGUUCUUUGCCUGGUUCACCAGAGUUCUUGCAUCAAGAGGCCUGUCCAUUUGUGGGCCGAGAAGAAUCACUAUCUGAUGGGCCCCUACCACGCCUCAGUAGUCUCAAGUACAGAGUAAGAGAGAUCCCACCAUUCCGAGCAUCUGCCCUACCAGCUGUUCCAGCCCAUGAGGCCAUGGACUGCUCUAAUUCCCAGGAAGAAAAUGGUUUUGGACCCAGGCCUCAGGGAGCCAGUCCAUGCCUUGCAGGUGCCUCUGAGGAAAUGGAGGUAGAAGAAGAAAGGCCACAAGGCUUGGCUCCAGUCCCCUUCUCUGUCUCAGGCAUAUGCCUGAAAACCCAGGGAGAGCAGGAUGGGUGAGAGGGGUUAAUCCCUGCCUCACCUUGGGGAUGAACCUUGAGAUGAAACCACAAGGUCCCCUUGGUACUUAGCCUAGACUUUUCCCUGGGGUCUACAGAGCAGGCCGGCUAGGCCAAGCCAGGCUCAACUUUGGGGCUCCCAGUGCUCAGUGGCUAUGUAUGAGAGGGAAAGCAGCAGAGGCCUUCCUUGUUAGGGCCAACAGCUGAUACCAAGCCUCUAAAAUCCAGCAAGGAGCUCUGGUUCCCACCUGACCCUACAAUGCACUUCUGCAGACAGAACUAGAGGAUUCCUAGUUCUAGUCUGGGCUGGCAGGCAGCUAUUACCCCAGGUUCUUCUCCCACCCCAGGUCUGUCUCUUGCCUUUUCCCAGGGCAUAUAAGCUACUGUAUGGAACCUGGAGCUGACCAGAAGGUUGUAAAGGGCAUGACUAUUUCUCAGACCUAAAAACUGGGGUGCUUCUUGCCAGUAUGUCUAAGACUUGAAUAAUUGCUGUUUGCACUUACCGCACGGUCAGACCACGUCACUACAUUUCUAUGCAAGGGGAGGGCAAGGCAGUGUGGUGGUCAUGGCUCUUAGCUAAUCUAUUCAAAGUAAGAGCCUUUCCAGUUAAUUAAUCUAUUUUCAUAUUUAUGAAGGAGUCUUAAUGUUCUGCCCUAUAAGACUUUCAACCUUGUGGUUGGGAGUGGGGCUGGUUUUGUAGGCCUUAGGGCCUGCUCUAUGUAUUUGUCAACAUGGGAUACACCCAAUUGGUUAAAUGGUUUAUACAUGGACUGAUUUUCUUCUCUUCCUGCUAUGGCUGGAGCUACCAGAACAGUCUGUCUUUACAGAGCCGCAAUAAGAAAUAACCAAAGAUGAAGCUGGUCAAAUAUUUUCAUAACUUGUUUCUGUUGAUUUUUUUGGUAAAACUUUCCCAAGACACUUUCAGAUCUAAAAAUAAAGUCGGUGUUACAGGUG